AGCAACCCCGCGUUCUAGCUGGAGCAGCUGUUGCUGUAGCCUGCUCACCCGCUGUGAGUCCACAGGUUCGCCUCCUAGCCUCCUCCCAAGCCCGCGGGUUCCAGCUUGACCAGGACCUGUGUGGGAGCCUGGAGAGGAGGAAGCAGAUAGCCUUCUGUGUCCUGGGCAUCUCUGGAAAGGAGUAGGACUCUACUCUUCCCCGCUCCAUCUCCCUCCUGGUUCUGGGAGGUCUCUGUGUGAAACCCACUGCUGGGUUGAGAAAGAUCCCUGCGUGGGCUGGGCUGAAGCAAAAUCCAGAGCCUGAUGUAUCCAAAUCUCCCAUGGCAUCUGGGCCCUAGCAGUCCUGCUCACACUGGAAUACAAGCCUCGGGGACUUGUGGAGUCUCACACGUGACAGCUUGUGGCGCAAGAACUGGAGAGCAGUGGUAGUUUGCUUCAAUACUUGGUGGACGGACACAGAACCCGCUGAUUCCUGCGCAGUGAAACUAAAGAAGGAAAGAGACAAAGAAGAAAGAAUUGCAGAAUAUUCCUGAAUCACCGCCGUCCCUGUUUCACAGCGAAGAUUAUCAGCUGAAGGAGGACCAUGACUGGCAGGUGGAGUCCAGGCUGAGGAGCCUCUCUAGCCUUCAGCAGCCAUGCAGUGGGGCAACGACACGGGCCUGGCCCGGGACUCUGCACCCACCACUUGCGUCUUCCGAGAGAACUUUAAGCGCCUGCUGCUGCCCCCAGUGUACUCAGUGGUGCUGGCAACCGGCCUGCCACUCAACGCCUGCGUCAUCGCCCAGAUCUGCACAUCCCGCCGGGCGCUGACCCGCUCGGCCGUGUACACGCUGAACCUGGCCCUGGCCGACUUGCUGUACACCUGCUCCCUGCCCCUGCUCAUCUACAACUAUGCCCGUGGCGACCACUGGCCCUUUGGGGACCUGGCCUGCCGCCUCGUGCGUUUCCUCUUCUAUGCCAACCUGCACGGCAGCAUCCUCUUCCUCACCUGCAUCAGUUUCCAGCGCUACCUGGGCAUCUGCCACCCGCUGGCCCUCUGGCACAAGCGUGGGGGCCGCCGGGUCGCCUGGCUGGUGUGUGGGGCUGUGUGGCUGGUGGUGGCCACCCAGUGCCUGCCCACUGCCUUCUUUGCUGCCACGGGCACCCAGAGGAACCGCACCGUGUGCUACGACCUGAGCCCGCCCGCCCUGGCCGGCCGCUACCUGCCUUACGGCAUGGCCCUUACCGUGGUGGGCUUCCUGCUGCCCUUUGCCGCCUUGCUGGCCUGCUACUGCUGCCUGGCCCGUCGCCUGUGCCGCCAGGACGGCCUGAUGGGGACUGCGGCCCGGGAGCGGCGGGGCAAGGCGGCGCGCAUGGUGGUGGUGGUGAUGGCUGUCUUUGUCAUCAGCUUCCUGCCUUUCCACAUCACAAAGACUGCCUACCUGGCAGUGCGGUCCACACCAGGGGUGCCCUGCCCCAUGCUGGAAGCCUUUGCGGCCGCCUACAAGGUCACUCGGCCCUUCGCCAGUGCCAACAGCGUGCUCGACCCCAUCCUCUUCUACUUCACUCAGAAGAAGUUCCGCCGGCGGCCCCAGGAGCUGCUGCAGAAACUCACGGCCAAGUGGAAGCGGCAGGGCCGCUGAGUCCACCCAGUGCAGCCCUAGCAACCCCAAACAGGCAGAGAACUCAUCACCUUGACAUUGCCUGGAGUCCCGUCCCUGGCAGCGUCCCCCCCCCAAGUCACCAGCCCAUUCUCUGGACCUGACCUGUGGACACAGAGAUAGACACUGGGUCAUUGAGAGCUGGGGGCACUGUGGUAGGCUGCACAGUGAUGGAGGAGCAUCACUAGGAAGUGAGGGACCGUGGGAGGAGGAAGUGCGGGCUCCUUGGCCUUUUCCCCUCCUCACCUGCCUUUUCUCUCUUCACCUUCACCUGGCCACACUUGGUGCCGAGCUGGGCAGUGGGAGCUUGCCUCCAGGGUAGACAGGAUGCAGACAGGGUUUGGAGGUGGAGUGUUGAGAGGCCCUGGGGCACCAUGCAUGUUCCAGGGGUCUGAAGCCAUGCUACUGUGAGCCCUGAAGAUUUCUCAGGGAUGGAGCAGUGCCCUGGGGCUGGCAGGAUGUGGUUAGUGAAGAGGUGGGGGACCUGGUGUUCUUGGAGUGGCAAAGGCAUGAGGGCUGCUGGAAGGAGGCCACUGGCCUGAGAGGAGGCUGGCAGGUGGCAGGGCUGUACAGUCAAGGGUUUGGGUGGCAGGCUAGGGAAGCACCAGAGAGUCCUGGCAAUGACAAUGGGAACCAUUACUAGGCUCUGCAGACUCCAGGUGCCAUGCACUAUGGGAACCUUUUCUCAUUUAAUCCUUAGAGGACACUUCCCUCAACACAUGGGAAAACUGAGGCUCAGAUAUGGGAACUGACUUGCCAAGGUCACAAAGCAUUUCUUUAACUCAAAAUUAGAACACGAACACACACACACUUCACCACUUUCUUCACUUACCAUCAAGUACCUGCUAGCUCCUAUAACUGGGAGUCCUACGAAGUUGUGACAGAGAUAAUCAAGUGGCAACCAUGACAUGACUCUUCGUUAGCUGGAAGUCAUGGCCUCCUUGGAUGAUGAGUUCAUUCCUCUGUCACUCUUGCAGAAAGGUAAAUCAGGUACGUCCCAGCCCAUGGAAUACAUAUUAAUCUCCCUAAGGCGGUUUCACAAAGGGGGUUUCUUUGCAAGCAUUGUGGUAUUUGUCCUCUGUAUCCCAUCCCUUCUUGUCAUUUAUAAUGGGGACUUCACAGCUAGGUCAAGACAGCAAGAACAGAAAACUAGGAGCAGCUUGGGCUCCUGGCCAUUCCUGUUUGGGGUCACUUACUUCUCGGCUUUUACAUGAGAAAUAAAUGUUUAUCUUUUCUAA